AUGUCGAAGAUCAAAGAGCUUGAUGUUGAAAACGGUUAUUACAAUUCCACCACUCAAAAACCAGAAGGAUGCCCAUUCCAUCAUUGGACUGGCGUUUCAUGCAACGAUGCAGGAAGAGUCAACAGGAUAAACCUCACAAAUUCUGGUAUUCAAGGUACGCUGCAUGAGUUUCCAUUCCUCUCCUUACCCCACCUGGAAUAUAUUGACCUUAGCUACAAUACAAUUUUUGAUGCCAUCCCCCCACAAAUUGGUUCCCUCCAAAAACUCAUCUAUCUUGAUCUGUCUAGCAAUCUAUUGUCUGGGAGAAUCCCACCGGACAUUGGUCUUCUAACAAAUCUUACGAUCAUGCACCUAAACUCUAAUCAGUUAAAUGGCUCAAUCCCCCAAGAAAUAGGUCACCUCAAGUUUCUUUACGAGCUUGCUCUUUACAACAACAGUCUAGAAGGUUCAAUUCCUGAUUCUCUGGGAAAUCUAAGCAGUCUGACAUAUUUGUCUCUUUCUGCAAAUCAACUCUCUGGUUCCAUCCCGCCAGCAAUUGGUCUUUUACCAAAGCUGGAGGAAUUAGACCUAAAUGAAAAUAAGUUGAAUGGAUCAAUUCCUAAAGAAUUCAGUCGGCUUAAGUUUCUUGCUGUUCUUUCUCUGUACAACAACACUCUAGAAGGUUCAAUUCCUCCUUCUCUAGGUGAGUUGAGCAACCUCAAUUCUUUGCUUCUGAAUGCAAAUAAACUUUCAGGCCAUAUUCCUGCAUCUUUAGUUUGCGCAACCUGA